AGAAUAACUUCUACAUGAAAAUAGGAAGCUACUUAAGACACCAGGGUUUGAGCUGUUUUAGUCCAAAUAUGGAUGUCCUUAGAGAUCCUCGUUGGGGACGAAAUGAGGGAACUUGGGGUGAAGAUCCCUAUUUAGCUGGUGUAUAUGCCAGAUGGUUUGUAAGGGGAAUACAGGGAGAUGAAUCAGCAAGAUAUCUGAUACUAAGUGCUAGCUGUAAACAUUAUGCAGCAUCUGGUGGCCCAGAUAGUUAUCCUCUCAACAGAAUGAGCUUUGAUGCCAAGGUAUCAUUAAGAGAUUUGAGGACGACCUUUUUACCUGGUUUUCGGGAAUGUGUUAGAGGUGGAAGUUACAGCGUUUUAUGUUCUUAUAACAGAAUAAAUGGUAUACCCGGUUGUGCUAACAACUUUACAUUACAACAGAUAUUGAGGAAAGAAUGGGGUUUUAAUGGUUAUGUAAUAAGUGACGUGGGUGCUAUGGAAGGAAUGAUAACUGGUCAUCAUUAUUAUAAAGAUUUUGUGGAAGUAGCUGCUGCUGGGUUGAGCAGUGGUUGCAAUAUUAACGCCGCUCAAACGGACAACAGAUCACAGAAUGCUUAUUAUUCGGCCCUUCAAGCAAUUGAAGAAGGCAAGCUAUCAGCAUCUGUAAUGCGCGAACUGAGUCGGCCAUUGUGGUAUACGAGAUUAAGAUUAGGUGAAUUCGACCCUCCUUCUAUGGUACCUUAUAGACGUUUAGAUCUGUCCAUCAUCCAGAGCCCAGAACACAGAGCUCUGUCUGUAGAAGCAGCUAUGAAGACGUUUGUGUUAUUGAAGAAUCUCAACCAAUCUCUCCCGUUAAAGAAUACCAAAUACAACAAUAUAGCUAUUGUUGGUCCAAUGACAAAUAAUCCCGAAGCUCAAACUGGCAACUAUUCACCGGACAUUAUGUUAGACUACACAACUACACCAUUAGAUGGGUUGAGUCAACUAGGAGAUGAUGUUAAGUCUACGCCAGGAUGUCUCGGUGAUAAUAACUGUACCCAGUAUGAUCCUAUAGCAGUGAAAGCCGUGGUAACAGAUGUCGAUAUAGUCUUCGUAUGUCUUGGACUUGGUAACGAUGUUGAAAUGGAAGAUAGAGAUAGACAGAAUAUUUCUCUACCAGGACACCAGUUGGAUAUAUUAAAAGAUGUUGUUGCGAAUAGUCCGUCCAAUGCUACCAUCAUAUUGAUUUUAUUUAAUGCUGGUGCCGUGGAUAUAAGAUAUGCUGUCAAUGAACAGAGAGUGUCAGCUAUACUAGAAGUCUUCUAUCCAUCACAAGCCACGGGAACUGCUCUCAGAAAGGUUCUAACUAUGGACGGUCCUAACUCCGUACCUGCUGGUAGACUACCCUUUACAUGGCCUGCAACAGAUGAUCAAGUAUGA